GACAAGGACUUCUCCACCCUCCCCCUGGACUACAACGUCGACGGUGCCUUCCGGAAGGAGCACUUGUCCAAGCUGACCCUCUCCUACGUGAUGAAGCGCUUGGAUGGCGAGAAACUCGUCAUGGACUGCUGCCUACUUCCGCGACCCCUGGGUGUGGCCUCGGCCGAGGAGGUCCUUGAGUACACCUCCGAGAUCCUCAGCCACCUCACCCAGAUCAACGGCGACAUCCCGCCGUAUGGCACUUCAGCGGACGCCGCAACUUGCAACGGCCUUGUCCUUCGGGCGUGGAUGGGGCUCUUGCCAGACACGGUCACAGAGAAACUGCCAUUCUUCAGGGAAUGCACGCGCUUCACUCCUCGGUACCCGUACUGGCCGUUCUCCCGCCUAGUGUUCCGCACCGAGCACGUGAUGUGUGGUGGCGUGGGCGCGUAUCAUACGCAAAAAAGAUUGAGUCUCCAAGUGGCCAGCGGCUGCAAAUUCCUUGUCGUCGGGGACCUGUGGGUGGACCAGACGGCCAUGCUGGGCCAAGGCCUUAGCGAAGCUGCAUACAGCAUCAAGGACUUCCAGAGCGACUCCCAGGCAGUGGCUCGAAUGAGCCCCUGCUGGAUUCGCCGAGGCUGGUGUGACUUGGGCAAUCAUGUCUUCUGCUUCUAUGUCAAGAACAAGGACGACCUUGCCGAGACCAGGACCUGCAUGGAUCGCACACCCAUGGAUGAGGAUUCCUUGUGCAAGGUCGCUCGCCAGGCAUGCGCCUCCGCCGUGCAAUUCUUCAGCUGCAUCACCUCCCUGUCUGCGGACGAGGUGGUCUACGAUCUUCGGAAGUGGUGGGACACUGAGGGUCCGAGGUACUUUCAAGCCUGCGGAAGGCAAUCAGCUGCAUCCGAGGAGGACGACGAGGACUUGACCCCGGACUGUCAGGAGGUGACGGAUCUGCAGCCCUCUGCGGAGCCCUCUUCCAUGGUCAAGCUGGUUGCUGUGCAAGAUCGUGCACUCGCUACCGAGGAGCUGAAGAUUGCAAUGCAGGAGCUCCAGACUGAAGCAGACGGGGCAUGCACAGUGCCGGCGGAGGACAUGCGGGAUGUCGUAGAUGUCGCCACGACCUGGGCACCCGAUGCAGAUGAACCCGGUACGGCUCCCAAAACCUUGCUGGAGGUGCUCAAGCGAGCAAUCAGGAAAGGAGGAGCACACUUCAACAUGGGAGAGGCGCCCUCCGUCGGCACACGAAGCAUGUUCCUCCGACUUCACGAUCUCGUCGGACCCAUGCGAGCCUUCACUCGCCAGGCCCGGUGCGAAGAAGGAAUCAUCACGCCGGCUCAACUGGAACGUGGACAAGUUGAGCUGAAUGACUUUAAUUAUCGCGAGCACCUGCUGGCGGUCGCCCGGCGAUCCUCGAACAUCUCGCACCACCGGCUUGCAAGAUCGACAGCGUGGGCAGAGGCACAGACGCACAUGAUUGCAGAGCUCCGGGCAAAGAUCACUCCUGCCAAGGGCCACGGCGUGAUGCAGCCGGAAAGUUAUCGGCCCAACAAGGACGGCAAAAACCUGCAGGUCCUAGUCUGCAAGUUGGACGGUGCGGUUCAAGCGGUGGCGGUCUUGACUGUUUUCCGCGGUUCGGUUGUCCGCAAGCCGGAGAGUCGGCACUCUGGCACGGUGCGGGUGGGCAAGCCUAUGCCCUGCGAAGUGCCUGCUGCCAGUGCGAAGGUCCUGCGAGGAACACUGCUGCAGCAAGAAGGCCAGGACCAGCACCACUGGGUGACAAGCUGCACGGCGACACCGUUGCUGUUUGAUCCAAGCGGCUGUGUGAUUGGCGAGCUCGAGACUGCAGAGAUGCGAGAGAGUGCCACAAGACUCCACGUGCAGCUCUCGCACAGUGCUGUUCAAGCAGUGCGCCUGCUGAUGGCAGGAAAGAUUGCUGUUCCGGAGCUGCCUCCCGGAAAUCCGGAGCAGGACGAGGGUGCUCCUGCAGAGACGUCCGAUGCAGCUGCCCAGCCAGCGGCCCAGGACCAAACCUUCACUGACCGCAGCUUCGUGCGGAAAAGUUUGGACAAGACUGUCGACCUCUUCAUCCGCGGUCUUAUCCAGGAAUAUCGCAAAAGCCGCGUGCAGAUUGUCAGCGAUGAUGGCAAGAUCAAGACAAAAACCAGCCAGCUCUCCUACGACGAGGUCUGCAAGAUGAUUCCUGGCUUCUUCCUCUCCAGUGGUUCCAGCCUGCAGGGGCACCGGUUCAGCCAGUACGUGCAUCGGGAGCUGACAGGCUUGCUCCCCAAAGCAGGAAAUCUGAGCAACGGUGUGAAAGAAGUGCACCGUUUUUUCUCCCAGGUGGCCAAAUACACACCUGGGCAGGUCAAACUGACCGUAGGCUAG